AUGAGAAGGAUAACAGCUUCGCCCAGCCACCUCGCUACAACGUUCGACGCUCGACGCCACGUGGUAUGCACCAUCACGACAUGUAGGUUUGGCAGGGCUUGUGGAGGUCAGAGCCACCACCUCUGCAAGGGAGAAAGAGCUGUUGAUAGGGUUGCCGGAGCACCUCUCCGGAGUUUGCAGGAAUGUUGGCUGCUUCGCCCGGAUGAGCCUAGGCCAGGCUUCUCCAACAGUCCGGGGAUAGUCUCACCAGUCAGCGCCACGAAGGAGAAGCAAAAGAAAAAGGGAGACUUCCAGGUGAGGCAUUAG